AUGGAGGCGGAGAAGAUUGACGGUCAAAGGCUCUUCCGCCAAAUGAAGAGAAAGAAGCGCGUAGCCAAGAAGGCAUGCAUUGAGUCUCCGCAGGCCUCCGCCGAGGCUCAGCCUUCACAGGCUCCGGUUCCGAAGCCCGAGCUCCCUGGCGUUCAACCCAUCAUCGAUCUGGAGGAGGACGUGGCGCCUCAGGGACCUAAGACAGCGGCAGAGCCCACCACUAAGCCUGCCGAGACAGCUGCCAGAGGUGCUACAAAAGCCGCUCCUAAGGCACGCCCUACAAGGGCUACAGCCGGGGCCUGCUCUAUUGGUGCCGCCGCCGAGGCAUCCAAGGAGUCCGCCCAUGCGGCAGAGAUGAUGGCGUCUAGCUCGGAGAGCCAGGGGGUGAAAGUGAACUCAGUCGUGCGUGCUUUGACCUUUCAAUCUGAUCGGCAUCUGAAACGAGCCUUGGAAGCUGAGAAGUCGUCACGCGCAGCCCAUACCGAGCUGAGGGCAGCUCGCGGUCAGAUCCACCGCCUGCAAAACGAUGCCUCAGCUCAUAAGAGCUUUAUUGAAGUGCUAUUGGCGGAGAAGAGCGGGCUGGCCCGAGACAAGGACAGACUGAGGGCCGAAGUGAACGGGUUUAAUGUCAUCCAAGAAGCUUUGAGGCUUGAGGUUGACAGUCUCAAGGCAGACCGAGACAGUCUCAAGGCAGACCGGGACGGUCUCGAGGCAGACUGGGACUCCCUGAAACUCGAGGUGCAGGGCCUCAAGGAAGCAAAAGGGAAGUUGGAGCGCGAGGUGGAGUACCUCCGAGCCGACCUCAAAGAGAAGACCGAGAUCUUCGAGGAUGCCCUCAAGGAGACUAAGGUUCGAGCAGUUAUCGACUAUGUCCAGUCUUCAAGAUUUGAUGAAGUGAUGACCGAGGCCUACCGCAAGGGCUUCAAGCUCAGCCGGUGGCUGAUUAGACACCUCUACCCCGGUCUGGACACAAGUGCCAUCACCACUUCCCGGAUCACUGAUGACAUAGUGCGUCAGUCGGCGGAUGAUCCGGACUCUGAGGACGAAGGCGCCAAUGAUGAAGUAGAGGCUACUGGCCCGGUUACUGCCCCCGAGGAGGUCCCUGGCAAAGACAACGAGCCUCCAAAAUAG